ACUCAGGAGAGAGUUUGAGGAGAAAGAAAAAUCAGAGCAGAAGAAACGAGAGACGGAGAAUCAGAAACAAUCAGAAGACGAGAAACAGCAAACAGAUGAAUAUGAUCAAAGAAUAGAGGAGAUGAAGAGAGAGAAUGAAGAUCAGAGAAGACAGUAUGAAAAACAGCUAAAAGAAAGAGAAGAAGAAGAUAGAAAGAGAGAACAAGAGUAUAAACAAGACCAAGAAAAAAUGAAAAAUGACCAUGACCGUAUUAUAGCUGAAUUACAGAUGAAACAAGAAGAGGAAAUAAAAAAGAGAGAUUUAGAGGAACAAAUGAAGAAGGAAAAAGAAGAGAAAGAAAGAGAAGAAUGGAAGAGAAAAAUAAAAGAGGCUGAAAAUGACAAAGAGACUCAAGAGGAAUUUAAACGACAGCAGAGAGAAUGGGAGGAAGAGAAAAAAGGACAGACUGGAGAACAAGAGGAUGAUAAAAGAGAGAGAAAAGACAAACUCAAGGAACAACUGAGAGAAAAACAAGAAGAACUAAAGAAAAUAAGAGAGAAAUCUGAAAGAGAGAGAGAAGAUGAUAAACAGAUAACAGAGGAGAAGACAGAGAAAAUGAAAAUAGAGAGAGAACAGAAAGAGAGAGAAUAUGAAGAAAAGAGAAAUGAAAUGGAUAGACAUUAUGAGCAGCUGAAACGAGAGAUAAAAGAGGAGAGAAAGAGAAGAAAAGAGGAUGAAGAGAGACAAGCAGAGAAGAGACAGAGAUGGGAGAAAAUGUGGGAUGAUCUGAAACGAGAACAAGAGGAGGAGAUCAAGAGAAAAGAAAGAGAGGAGAGAGAAAGAAUAGAAAUAGAAGAAAAAGAGUGUGAUGAAAUGAAACAGAAACUUGAAGAGCAACUAGAGAAAAUGAAGACGAAACAUGAAAAUGAAACCAGAAAACAAAGAGAUGAAUUGGAUAACUUAAGAAAAAGAAAAGAGGAGCAGGUUCAGGAGCUCAAGGAGAAACUUGAACAACUAAAUGAAGUGAAAAGGUUAAGAAAGGAACUAAAAGAUAAAUGGUCAUGUAAUGUCAUGUAAAAGAUUUUUUAAAUCUUAAAGCCUACUGGAUAUA